GUGACCUCAUCCCUGUUGAUGUUACACUGGAGUAGGAGCCGCUGAAAGGGAUCCUUUGCCUGCAUCGCUGGCCGUGCUGCUGCUCCAUUGCUUUAAUUCCGUUCCGAUACCGGUCCCGCACUCGCCGAGCAGCUCCUACGGGAGGGAUUUGUGGGGAUGCUACAGGCAAAGGAAGCUGUGCUAAUAUCGAAUAGACUCAGAUAGACCUUUCUACCUGAUUGCAACUUCUUACUGCUUCGCCUGUGGAAGCGGCACGGAGGAGAGCUCACACGCCCACACAGCCAGCAGAGAAGCGCUCCCGCCCUGCCGGGCAGCCGCGGUGCCAUUGAUUCCGUGCCAUCCUCGGCGGCGGCUGCGGGGGAGCUGCGGGAGCGCCGCGGUGGCUACAAUAGGUGUCACUGUGUGCGAGCCCAAUCGCGCUCCGUGCCUGCAGCCAUUGGCUCCGGCCGCGCGGCUGCCGCUCCGCUCCCAGCCCUGCCCGCACAACUCGGGCUCGCCGGCAGCCUGGCACUGCCGCCGUGCGCUGCUCCUGCCCUCUGCCCCGGCUGUAGCGCUGCCAGGCGCUUCCUGAUCGGGAAAGCUGGAAGGAAUGAUGGGGAUGUCUUUAACGGUUCAAGUCCUGGAUCAAACUUAAACUCAGUUUCUUACUCCGGGUGCUGGAAAGGUCACCUUGUCUUGCUGAGUCUCAGCUCUGCUGCUUUCGGUGUUCCAGCUUCCACGUAGAUUCCUAAAUGUUCCUGGCUAGUUAGGCUGUGGUCUUUACUCACGGGUAUACUGAUGGUAGAUGAGAAAGGAAAGAACAUGAAAUGUCUCACCUUCUUCUUGAUGCUUCCAGAGACGGUCAAGAACAGGUCUAAGAAGAGCUCUAAGAAAGGAAAUAGCAGCAGCAGUAGCAACAGCAAAUUGCCUCCAGUUUGCUAUGAAAUCAUUACCUUGAAGACCAAAAAGAAGAAGAAGAUGGCUGCUGAUAUUUUUCCCCGAAAGAAACCAGCAAAUACAAAUACAACUGCUGUCCAGCAGUACCAUCAGCAAAAUCUCAAUAACAACAACACUAUUCCUGCACCUAAUUGGCAAGGACUUUAUCCAACCAUCAGAGAGAGAAAUGCAGUGAUGUUCAACAAUGACUUGAUGGCAGAUGUUCAUUUUGUGGUCGGGCCACCAGGUGGGACCCAGCGGCUGCCAGGACACAAAUAUGUCCUGGCUGUUGGGAGCUCUGUAUUCCAUGCAAUGUUUUACGGAGAGCUCGCUGAGGACAAAGAUGAAAUCCGUAUACCAGAUGUUGAGCCUGCUGCUUUCCUUGCAAUGCUGAAGUACAUCUAUUGUGACGAGAUCGAUUUGGCAGCAGACACUGUCCUGGCCACUCUUUAUGCUGCCAAGAAGUACAUUGUCCCUCACCUGGCCCGUGCCUGCGUUAACUUUCUCGAGACAAGCCUGAGUGCAAAGAAUGCCUGCGUGCUGCUCUCCCAGAGCUGCUUAUUCGAGGAACCUGACCUGACCCAGCGCUGCUGGGAAGUGAUUGAUGCCCAAGCUGAGCUCGCUUUGAAGUCUGAGGGCUUCUGUGACAUUGAUUUUCAGACACUUGAAAGCAUUCUCCGAAGGGAGACUCUGAAUGCCAAAGAAAUCGUCGUUUUCGAGGCGGCUCUGAGCUGGGCUGAGGUGGAGUGCCAGCGGCAGGAGCUGACGGCCACCAUCGAGAACAAGCGCAAGGUGCUGGGCAAGGCUCUCUACCUGAUCCGCAUCCCCACCAUGGCCCUGGACGACUUCGCCAACGGCGCCGCCCAGUCGGGGAUCCUGACUCUGAACGAAACCAACGACAUCUUCCUGUGGUACACGGCCGCCAAGAAGCCGGAGCUGCAGUUCGUCAGCAAGCCCCGCAAGGGCCUGGUCCCUCAGCGCUGCCACCGCUUCCAGUCCUGCGCUUACCGCAGCAACCAGUGGCGCUACCGGGGCCGCUGUGACAGCAUCCAGUUCGCUGUCGACAAGAGGGUGUUCAUUGCUGGCUUUGGGCUCUAUGGCUCCAGCUGUGGCUCGGCAGAGUACAGUGCUAAGAUUGAACUGAAGCGACAAGGGGUUAUCCUGGGCCAGAACUUGAGUAAAUACUUCUCAGAUGGUUCUAGUAACACUUUUCCCGUGUGGUUUGAGUACCCGGUGCAGAUUGAGCCUGACACCUUUUACACGGCGAGCGUGAUUCUGGAUGGUAAUGAACUCAGCUACUUUGGACAAGAAGGAAUGACAGAAGUUCAGUGUGGGAAGGUGACUGUUCAGUUCCAGUGCUCCUCGGACAGUACGAAUGGCACAGGGGUACAGGGAGGACAAAUUCCUGAACUCAUAUUUUAUGCUUGAAUGGGAGUGUGUGGAUACAAAGCAUUUUGCUAUGAAGAACCUGUCUGGUUCAGGCCUACUGAUUCUUAGCUUUUUAUCUGCAGAUAUGUGAUCAGUACAGGGAAUAUGUAACUAAAUGCUGUGGGCAAGUUCCUGGCUUGCUGUACUUGUAGCAUCAUUGGUGAUUAAGUGUAAUAUUUAAACUGGAAGCUCUUAGAAACAAGCAAGUUUUAAAUGCUUUGUAAGGGGGGGUGCCUGUUUGCUGGUGGUGCUGACCCUUUCUUUGCUGAUGCUGACACCAGUGAAUCACCAGAGGAUGUCCCCCUCUUGUAUCUCAAAACUGUCUUCAUUGAUCCAUUUUUUUUCUUUCUCCAUUUUCUGCUUUCUGCUUGUAUUGGGGAGCUAGGGAUAGAAAACAAAGAGUCUUGUUUUAUAGCUCUCUCUGCUGUCUGCUCUGCAGACUUUAGAGAUUCCAGUGAACCAAGCUGCUUUUGACCAUGGAGGCUGGAAGAAGUCCUUCAGGUAUAAGCAGAAAAAGCACAAGUUUAAACCUUCAUCCUGUGAGAUUCUCCUGUAGCCAACUGUUUGGGAUGGCUCCAGGGGAAGAUGGGAAGAAGGCAGCAUCUUUCAGGAAGCUCCACCAGCCAUAUCCCCAGAGCAUGGACAUAUUCACAGUGAGGAAGGGAUGUGGGCUUGGCAAGUUACCCUUGGAGUUCAUUUUCUAGGAAUCCUACCUUGAAGGCAAGGAAGUACUUACAUGUGUUCAAAUUGUGUGUGCAGCUCUUGAAACUCUGCUCCCAUCACCCAGGUUUUGCUACACUGGAGUUGAUAUGCUCUUUAAAUGGCAUUUCUUUGAACCCUUCCUAAAUAAAUGGUCAUUUAUAUCAAUCAUCUGAUGCAGGAUAAUUUUUUGUUUGUUUUGGGUGGGUUUUUUCUUCUUCCUAAACAUGGUAGAGGCAGGAAGAAAAGAAUGUAUCAAUCUUGACUUGGAUUUUUUUCUGUAAUAUGAGAAAUUUUUUUUCUUUUUAUUACCAGUUGAAAUUUAGACAAAGACAGGAGAGUCCCAACUGUGGUCAUGUUACACUUAGUGUAUAAUAGCAGUGAGGGGGGAGGAAGUCUCCCCUAAUGGGUUGUUGUUGGAGCUCUUGCAAUUGCUUAUGGCUGCACAUCAGUCAGAGAUUAUGUGGUCUGGAACCUUUUCCCUGGCUGAGUUUUUCCCCCAGGAAAUUACAUGUCCAUAUCAUUUUUGGUGAUGUAACAGAAGUUACAUGUCUGUAUCAUUUUUGCAGAAGUUUGAGGGAUACUCCUUGGAUCAGGGGAGGAAACCAGUAUAAAUAAGAACUACAGGUAGUAUUGAAACAUGAGAAAAUCCUUCAUCACUGCACUGGGACAGUGUUCCUCAAAGGCUGCAUUGUCCAUUGUAAAGCAUCUUGCUUCACCUCCAAAAUGGGUUCUGUUUGUUGUGUACCUUUGAACAAAAUGAGAGGACCAAAUGAUUCUUUAGACCUGCUGGAGAUUAAUGUUACAGUAUAUCCACACAUUAAUGUAGCAUAACCCUAAAUUCACUUGUCAGUUCUGUAAUAAAAAUGUUUUUCUCGUCUUAUUUUACCAGUUUAAUGCUGUUACUCUAAGUGUUGCUUGAUGGUUGGAAUCCUGGCCCCUGGCCAUUGGAAAGUGCCAAAAUACAUCUUGGCAGUGUCCAAAAUACCAUCUGAAGUAAGGAAAAGUGGAGUGUAGUCAAAGCCCAAAUCUUCUCUCUAGGUAAUAAAAGGAGAGCCAGGUAAAAAAUACUCCACAGGAUUUAUGCCUUUCAUCCAUCCUAAAGUUUACUGUUUUGUAUACAUACAUACAUGUGUGUGUAAGCAGCACUCUUUCUGAAAUGUAAAUACCCUCAAAACACAUAGAAAAAUGUUUUGUUUUUUGUAACAGAUGUACAUAAUCCAGACUGUUUGUGAAAUCUAAACAGAAUGCUCUGUGGAAAACUCCCAGGGAGAGAUUUAUAAAAACCUCCAGUUACUUAUAUUUAGAUAUUCAACUGAAAAUAGACAAGAGUAUAAAUGGUAUGGAGUGGAGGAAGAGUUGCUGAAGAGAUUAUAGAAAGGAAUCUGAGAUUGUGAUGAGGUGAUGGUCAUCUACUUUUAGACAACAUCUGAGCAGCAGUUCCAUUUAUUUAGAUACAUUUCAAAGCAGAGAAAGAUGCUAAUCAGCUGAUUAAAUUUUUGUACAGCAAGUGGCUGAUGCAGAUGUAAUUACUCCAAGUGAUAAGCAGAUUGACAGGUUCUGGUAGGGAGCUGCAUUUUGAUUUGGUUGAUAAAAAAAUCAUGUGCCACAGCUGGUGGGACAAGUCAGAGAGUACUGCAUUCCUUUAACUAAUCCUGGGUUCUCACUUUGAAUGUAUUAUUUGUUUUGACUUUCCUGCAAAUAAAGGUGACUUAUCUGCUACGUUCACUGGCUGGAAGAGAAGUUCAGAGACCAGAACACUCUGUAGCUGUAAUGUGUAGAAAACGAGCUGUUAUUUGAUUAUUGUUCUUAUUUGAUUCUUUCAUGAAGUCUUUUUGACGAUGUAGGAUGAAAGCAACCUCUAGCUUAAUUCCUCUGAGUCCAUUCUGGGUUUUGGGAGCUGGUGCAGGGAAAGAUUUCAAGUGUGGGUGAUCAGACAAAGGCACCCAAACACCUUGUGAUGCUCACAGCACAACUUGCUUCUGAGCACUUUGUGAUGCUAACAAGUACUGGGAUGUAAGAAGGUGGCCAGUGCCACUCACCAGGGACAUCAGGGCACUUCAGUGGGAGUCUGAAUGUGGAUUUGGUUGGUUUAGCAGAACCACCCAAGCCUGAGUACAUUGAUGGACAUCUUGCAAGCAUCAGCCAUGUCAGCCUGGGAUGUAAACAUGAUGUCUACAGAGAUCCCCUCACAGAUUCUGUCUAAACUGUUCUGGCUGUCUCUGCUACUUGUAUCUUUGAUUUGCUGGUGAGAGGAAUCUGUGAUAAGAGAGUAUAAUGUAAUAUACUUUCUGCAUAUCUAAAAUAGUAUUUAAGUAAACACUUUGAUUUCUACACACUUAUUGCACUGAACUGUUUUGGAUUUUGUUUUUUUGUUGUGAUAAAUUCGGCUCACUUCAGGUCCCAGCACCCAUUUGUGCUGAAGCAGUGUUUGACCUUAGCAGGCUUACAGCAUUAUUUAUAAAGGACAGAUAUAUAUAAAUAUAUAAAGUACCUCAUGUUGAAUGUUAUUGUACUGUAUCUUUAAUGUCACAGUGCAGAUCUUGUUGGACUCAUGAAUGUGUAUAAUCACGUUAAACAUAAAAAUAAAAAUGAUUCUUAAA